AUGACUACUUCUAAUAAUACUACCGUUCUUAUUUCUGGUGCAACUGGUUUCAUUGCCCAACAUAUUAUUUCUCAGCUUCUUGCUAAGGGUUACAAGGUUGUUGGUUCAGUUAGAUCAACUCAAAAGGGUGAAGGUUUAGUUAAGAUCUUUGAAAAUUCAAACUUCUCUUAUGAAGUUGUUCCAAUUCUUGAAAAGGAAGGUGCCUUUGAUGAAGUCUUGAAGAAGCAUCCUUCUGCUACUGUCUUCUUACAUACUGCUUCUCCAGUUACAUUUGAAGUUGAGGAUAAUGAAAAAGAUAUCAUCAUUCCAGCUCUUGAAGGUACUAAAUUCGUUCUUAAAUCAAUAAAGGAACAUGCCCCACAAAUUACUAGAGUUGUUUACACCAGUUCAAUUGUUGCUACUGGUACCCCCGCUCAAAUCUCAAGUCCAGAAUUCAAAGGUGGUGAAGAUACCUGGGACAGCAUUUCUUAUGAGGAAGCCAAAGAAAAUGGUGUAAAUGCUUACUUUGGCUCAAAGACAUUUGCUGAAAAGGCUGCAUGGGAUUUUGUUGAACAAGAGAAACCAAACUUCACUCUUAGUACCAUCAAUCCUGUUUACGUUUUUGGUCCUCAAAAUGCUGCUCCUAAGACAAGAGAACUAAAUUCUUCAGCACAAAUAGUAGCAAGUGUGUUAAACGCCACAGAUUCAGUCCCCUCAAUUGGUGGUGCUUUCAUUGAUGUGCGAGACGUUGCAAAAGCGCAUAUUUUAGCUUUUGAAACUGAGAAGGCUCAAGGUAAGAGAUUUGUCCUUACAAACAGUGUUUUCAAUGGUCAAACCAUCUUAGACAUUAUUGUUGCUAACUUCCCUCAAUUGAAAGACAAACUUCCAACUGGUACACCUGGUGUUUCAAUCUCUGGUCCUACCGCAUUUAAUGACAAGAACGCUAAAUCAAUAUUGUCGAUUGAUUAUAUUAGUCUUGAAAAGUCUGUUGUCGAUUCAAUCAAGCAAAUUAUAGAUAUUUAA